AUUCUCCUUGGUUGGCGAGGGGACGAGGUCCAGAUCUCGGAAGGAGUGGUUAAAGCAGCAGCCGGGAACGAGUGGAGCGGCAAGGAGGUGAUGGCACUGCUCCUCGAUCAGCGCGGCACCGAGGUCAAGAUCACCGAAGAAAUGGUCAAGGCAGCAGCCGGGAACGGGAGGAGCGGCAAGGAGGUGAUGGGACUGCUCCUCGAUCAGCGCGGCACCGAGGUCAAGAUCACCGAAGAAGUGGUCAAGGCAGCGGCUAGGAACAGGAGCAGCGGCAAAGAGGUCAUGAGACUGCUCCUCGAUCGGCGCGGCACCGAGGUCAAGAUCACCGAAGAAGUGGUCAGGGCAGCAGCUGGGAACGAAUGGAGCAGCAAAGAGGUGAUGGCACUGCUCCUCAAUCAGCGCGGUACCGAGGUCAAGAUCACCGAAGAAGUGGUCAAGGCAGCAGCUGGGAACGGGAGCAGCGGCAAAGAGGUCAUGGGACUGCUCCUCGAUCGGCGCGGCACCGAGGUCAAGAUCACCGAAGAAGUGGUCAAGGCGGCGGCUGGGAACGAGAGCAGCGGCAAAGAGAUCAUGGGACUGCUCCUCGAUCGGCGCGGCACCGAGGUCAAGAUCACCGAAGAAGUGGUUAAAGAGGCAGUUUCGAACGAAUCUGCAGCCUAUGAGUUGAUUAAACUCCUCCAGCAGACUAUUCGCAUGAAAGUCACUGCUGGGGUGAUCGAAGCAGCUGCCACCAGUGGUCAGGAACAGGUCCUUCGUUUCCUCGAUCAGCGCUCUAACAUUGGCAGUGAGAAAGGGAACUGGCUC